GUGAAGUAUCAGGGCAACAGGAACUUGGAGACCAUGGACGGUGCCAUGGCGCUUCGGGUGCUGCUGUGUGUGUACCUGGUGUCCCUCCUCACCCUACAGGCCAUGUCUGCUCCAGGCUUGGCCAGAGGCAGGUCCAAGGGCAGCGAGAAGCGACAGGCUGUGGACACAACAGUUGAUGGCGUGUUCAUCCGGAGUUUGAAAGUCAACUGCAAAGUCACCUCUCGUUUCGCCCACUAUGUCAUCACCAGCCAAGUGAUCAACACUGCCGAUGAAGCCAGGGAAGUGGCCUUCGAUGUGGAAAUCCCCAAGACAGCCUUCAUCAGUGACUUUGCCAUCACAGCAGAUGGGAAGGCAUUCAUUGGGGACAUAAAGGACAAAGUGACAGCAUGGAAGCAGUACCGGAAAGCAGCCAUCUCAGGAGAGAAUGCUGGCCUCGUCAGGGCCUCAGGGAGGAAUAUGGAGCAGUUCACUAUCCACAUCAACAUUGGUCCCCAGAGCAAGGCCACAUUUCGGCUGACCUACGAGGAGGUGCUGAAGAGAAGACUUACACAGUAUGACAUUGUCAUCAAAGUCAAGCCCAAGCAACUGGUGCGCCAUUUUGAGAUUGACGUGGACAUCUUUGAGCCUCAGGGGAUCAGUAAGCUGGAUGCUCAGGCCACCUUCCUCACCAAGGAACUGGCAGCCCAAACUAUCAAGAAGUCCUUCUCAGGGAAAAAGGGUCAUGUGCUCUUCCGCCCCACCGUGGGCCAACAGCAAUCCUGCCCUACAUGCUCUACAUCCUUGCUGAAUGGGGAUUUCAAGGUCACCUACGAUGUCAAUCGAGACAAGCUCUGUGACCUAUUGGUGGCCAAUAACUACUUUGCCCACUUCUUUGCCCCCAAAAACCUGACGAACAUGAGCAAGAACAUCGUUUUUGUGAUUGACAUCAGUGGCUCUAUGGAAGGUCAGAAAAUGAAGCAGACCAAGGAGGCACUCCUGAAAAUCCUGGGAGAUAUGCGGCCACAGGAUUACUUUGACCUGGUCCUCUUUGGGUCUCAAGUGCAAUCAUGGCGGGGCUCACUGGUGCAAGCGUCAGAGGCCAAUCUUCAAGCUGCUCGAGACUUCGUGAAGCACUUCUCCGUGGAGGGGGCCACAAACCUGAAUGGAGGUUUGCUCCGGGGAAUUGAGAUCCUGAAUGCAGUUCAGGGAAACCGCCCUGAAGUCAGUAAUCAGGCUUCGAUUCUCAUCAUGUUGACAGAUGGGGAGCCCACUGAGGGAGUGACGGACCGUCCCCAAAUCCUCAAGAACGUCCGUGAAGCCAUCCGGGACAAGUUCCCACUCUAUAACCUGGGCUUUGGCCACAACCUGGACUUUAACUUCCUGGAGGUCAUGUCCAAGGAGAACAAUGGAUGGGCCAAGAGAAUCUAUGAGGACCAUGAUGCCACUCAGCAGCUACAGAACUUCUACGACCAGGUGGCCAGUCCCCUGCUGGUGGAUGUGGAGUUGCAGUACCCCCGGGAUACCAUCUCUGCCCUGACCCAGCACCGACAUAAACAGUACUACGAUGGCUCGGAGAUCAUGGUGGCUGGGCGCAUCGCUGACCAAAAACUGAGCAGCUUCAAGGCCGAAGUGCAAGCCCGUGGGGAGGGACAAGAAUUCAAGACAACCUGCCUAGUGGAUGAGGAAGAGAUGAAGAAACUGCUCCAAGAACGUGGCCACAUGUUGGAGAACCACGUUGAGCGCCUCUGGGCCUAUCUCACCAUCCAGGAGCUGCUGGCCAAGAGGAUGAUGGUGGAAGGGGAGGAGAAGAACAAGCUGUCAUCCGAGAUCCUGAAGAUGUCACUGGACUAUCAGUUUGUGACCCCACUGACCUCCAUGACCAUGCGAGGCAUGAAGGACCAGGAAGGGCUGGAGCCCAUCAUUGACAAGGCCGAGGAGGAUUCUCAGCCCUUGGAGAUGCUGGGACCCAGAAGGAUGUUCGUGCUGUCCGCUGCCCAGCCUUCCCCGACUCGCUCAAGCCCCAACUUCCAGGAGUUGCCAAACCAAGUGACGGGUGUGGACACUGACCCACACUUCAUCAUCCACGUGCCCCAGAAAGAGGAUGCCUUGUGCUUCAACAUCAAUGAGGAACCUGGCGUGAUCCUGAGCCUGGUACAGGACCCGGACACAGGCUUCUCAGUGAACGGGCAGCUCAUCGGUGACAAGGCCAGGAGCCCUGGGCAGCACGAGGCCACAUACUUUGGGAGACUGGGCAUCGCAAACCCUGCCACAGGAUUUCAGCUAGAAGUGACCCCUCAGAACAUUACGCUGAACGCCGGUGAGGGUGGGCCCGUGUUCUCCUGGAGGGACCAGGCUGUGCUUCGUCAGGAUGGGAUAGUGGUGACCAUCAACAAGAAGAGAAGCCUGGUGGUGUCCAUGGAUGACAGGGCCACCUUUGAAGUUGUCCUGCACCGAGUGUGGAGGGGGAGUACAGUCCAACGGGACUUCCUGGGCUUCUAUGUGUUGGAUAGUCACCGGAUGCCGGCUCGGACACAUGGGCUGCUGGGACAAUUCUUCCACCCCCUUGAUUUUGAAGUGUCUGACAUCCACCCAGGUUCUGACCCCACAAGGUCAGAUGCUACAAUGAUGGUGAAGAACCGCCGGCUGACAGUCACCAGAGGCUUGCAGAAAGACUACAGCAAGGACCCCCGACACGGGGCAGAGGUAUCCUGCUGGUUCGUCCAUGACAACGGAGCUGGACUUAUCGAUGGAGCUCACACUGACUAUAUCGUCCCUGACAUCUUCUGAGCCCUCCCACCAGCACACCAGUCCUCCCUUGGAACCACGGCAGAGGAGGAAGACAGCAUCCUGAUCUGCCACACCUCCUAGAGCAAGCUCAUCCCUUGUGUCAAACCACCCUAAGACUUCCAUUAAAGAGAAGCUGUGUCCAA